AUGAGUGCACAAUUUGGAAGGGACCAUUGCAAAAUUGCUUUGGUUAAGAUAUUGCAAACUAUUGGAUGGCACAGCAUUAAUUCGACACCAUUAGAAGUUCUUACAGAUUUGCUGGUGCAUUAUAUAAGGCAGAUCAGUAAAACUACAAAUGAUUUUACCACUGAAUUUGGAAAUACUGAAGCUAAUCUAGACCACUUAGGACUUGCUUUUCAGGAAAUGGGAAUUAAUUUAAAUGAUUUAAGUGAAUAUGUGACGUACGUUAAUUUUUGUCCGCCAGCUCAACCGGUUCCAAAAUUUCCAUUACCUAAAGAGGAUAAUUUGAAUUUCUUAAAACCAGGUAGUCAAGAGGUUGUAACAAGACCAGUUCACAUCCAUGAACAUAUGCCACCAAUGUUUCCACUACUAGAAGAAGCUGAAAUUAAAGUAGAAGAAAAUGAGAUCAUCAAAAAUGAUACGAUUGACGAAAAUGUAACCUCUAGUACACCACAAUUCAAGAAACCAUCAGAAGUAUUGCCGGAAUUUCGUCGACCAAAGAGAGAGGAUGAAGGUGGACGUCCAACACGUGAAAUUAGUAGUGUAAUGAUGACAACAUCUGGUUUUUUAUCGCCAGCUCGUGAAGGAAAACUUCCAGAAGCUAAAGCUCCACUUCCUCCUCCUCCUCCACCACCCGUUGAAACUCAACCACAGCCACCGCUUGCACCUCCAGUCUCAAUCGGCGGCUCGGUUCAUCCUGCAUCCUUUAAUGAAGCUACAAAUAAGAAGAAAAUGGAAAAAAGGGAGAAAAAGAUGAAUAAGGAACUGUUCAAACCUGGGAUGGAAGAAAAAAUUGUCAAGAAGCAUGCUUCCAUGAAAGAUGUGGUAAAGAUGAAGAAAAAAGCAGCAGCUGCAGCAGCAGUAGCUAGCAAUCACCAGUCGAAUCUAUCUGCUUCAAACCUAUUACCAAAUGUGCCAUUACCAUUUUUCCAACCUCCUAGGUUAUCAGAAAUUAAAGUAAGUCCUGUACCUCCCCAAAAAAUAUUUAGAGAAACUCCCGACAAGACAUUGGCUGCUGCCAAGGCAAAAACUGAAAAGUUCAAUACUACAAUAACUCCAAUUCCCAUUAAAACAACAAAUUCUUCAGUGUCUCAAAUGACAAUACAACAAGUAGAAAAAUUAUUCAAUGAACCCGACAGAAAGAAAAUUAACAUAUUGAGGAAAAUUUCAAAUGUAAAAGAAAAUAAAUCAAAAAAAGAAAACAAGCAAAGUACGAUCGUCGACGAAGGAACUGACAUAGUAAAUAAAAUCAGUCUCUCAAGUGAUAUAACUAUUGAACCAAUACCAAUGAGAAAAGGUAAUAGUCCCCAUAGUACUUAUUUUGAUGAUGGUUCUCCUCCGGGUACACCAACUAAACCUAGAACGCCAGAUAUUAUGUUACAUCAUCAACAUCAUCCUAACCCUCCUCUACAAAAAGAAAAGAGGAAAAAGAAAGAACCGAAGCCCAAAAUUAAGAAACCAAGAAAAUCCCAACAUCGUCCAAUGUUUACCGAAUCUGAAUUAAUGGAUAUAAUAGUAAAUAGACCUAAAACCCCCGAAGCUCAUCAAAUGCGAAGUCAGUUACCUCCACACAUGGGAAUGCCUGCAAUGCCGUUCCCAUUUUUGGCAAAUUUUGGUGGUCCCGGUUUAAUACCCUCUCAAUUAACUACUCCAAUGUUUCCAUUUUCGCAUCUAGGCGGAAUGCCGAAUUUUGGUAAAAAUCCUUACUUUCCUUCUCAUUUACCUUCCCAGAUGGAUGUUAGUCCAGCACUACAAACUAAAGUCAAAGAAACAAAAGAUGCUAAAGGACUGCCACCUGUACUUGAGGUUAAGCAGCCACCACCACCUCUUCCUGUACCAGCUGAAGUAUUACCUCAGCCUGCGUCUAUCCCUCCUCCUUCUCCCCCGACUGCCUCAAUUCAACAGCAACCAAUACAAGUACCAGAGACUAGCUCCAGUACCUCUAUAUUAACACCUAGACCCAAAACUCCAGUACCUCUUGAAAUCAUACAAAAGAAAAAUAAGGAACACAAGAAGGAUAAAAAAGACAAAGUCAAAAAGAAAAAUAAGAAAGAUAAGCUCAAGGACAAAGAGGAGAAAAAGAAGAUAAAGGACCUGAAGAAGGAAGGUAAAGAUAAGGUGAAACGAGAAAAGAAAAUCAAGAAGAAAGAUAGAGAAAAACUCGAUAAAGAGAAAGAAAGAUUAGAAAUAUCCGAGAAUCCCUUAAUACCUAAAAUACUUCUUAAAGUAAAUUCUCCAUCGUCGAGACCAGAGACUCCUGAAAGGAAACUGAACAUCAAACCAAUAGUAAAUAAAGACGAUGACGACGAAGACAACAUUCAAGUCCACGAAAAAAAGAGGGAACCUUCUCCUGGUGGUUUAGCAAAAAUAUCGGCGCUCGUUACAGGCCCGCCUAAACCUAAAAACACAUUAUCACCUAUACCUCCAGCCGAAGAACCUCCACCUACACUGAUGACUCCUAGAACACCAGGUAGACCUCGAUUACAUCCAAUUAAACCGAAAUCGACGCCGAAACCGAAGAAAAUCGAACAACAGCAACAAGUAUUUAAAAAAAUCGAUGAACAUGGUAACGAAGUGUGGAUAUGUCCAUCUUGUAGUCAACAAGAUGACGGUAGACCUAUGAUCGGAUGUGACGGUUGUGACGCUUGGUAUCAUUGGGUGUGCGUCGGCAUACAAGUACCACCAGACGAAAAUGAAAAUUGGUAUUGUAAACCUUGUUUGGCAAGGAAAAAUGAGGAUUUUCAAAGUGACAAAAAGAAAAAAAGAAAAAGGAAAGAAAAGAAAGAACACUGAAUUUUACAAAUUUUUAUUGCAAGUGAUUUACUAAGAAUGGAAGGUCCAUGUAUGUUUUAAACCAAAGUAUCAAGUGCAGUUUUUAGGCCAACUAAAUAGGGAUACAAGUCAAUUUUUAUUGUCUCAUUCAUUAUCGAUAAACAUUAUGAAUAUUUUGUUGUUAUUGUGCUAAUUUGUAAAUCAUAAACACUUUUUGUAUAUACCACCACAUUGUACAUAACUAAAUGUAAAGCUAUUCUUUAUUCAAUAAUUCUACUGAUUUAUAUUAAAUUUAAAAAUUACUUUAACUUUUUAUCCAAUAUCACCCUUUAUUUUGUCUUACAAUUUUGGUAUAAGGAAAAGUAAAAUUUUAUUAUAUGUUAUAUUGAGCUGAUAAAUUAUUAUACAAUAAAGGUGAUGCA